AAUGUCCCUUUUUGUCUUUCAGAGGCGAUGCAGUUCCUGCAUGGAGACAGAGGAUGUGACCACUGAUGGUUCCUGGUCACAGAGGUCCAUCUCCCGUUCCUUGCAGCGAGCUGAGACUUUACUCAGAAGCACCUUUAAUCCCAGCCUGAAGUGGCUGUUUCAUGGCUGCAGUCAAGAUGAGGAAGAGGAAGAGGGAAAUUUUGUGGUAGCUCACAACCUAGUGUCCCGGUCCUCUGCACGUCUCCUGUGGCUGCAACAAGCUCUUCUGACUGUGGCACCCCAGUGGCAGCCAGUUGGUGGGGCACAGAUGGGCUCUCCACAGGUGUAUGUUAAAGGACUCCCAGCAGAUGCAGGUGUUCUCCUCCUGCCCUCCUCCUCCUUCCUGCAGGGGAACUACAGAGCUCUGUGCAGGCUCCUGGAGCAGCGAUCCCUGCUGCUCUUCAUACACGAGUACACUAGGAGGGCUCGCCUAACAGUGGCAUACAUAUCCAGAGUGAGACACCUUCUGGAGGAUCAGCUGAAGAAAUCCCAUCUGACGCUUAACCAGACCCCGUCCAGCUGGCCUUCAGUCAAAGUUGGUCUCUGCUCACUGAGUCAGGAGCUCCGGGUCCAUCUCAACCACUGGUCUUGUCUGUUCUCGAAAGUCCAAUCUGACCACCAUCUGAGACCUGCUGUGGUCCAGCAGACCAGGCUGCUGGUGAAAAUCAAACAGACUUUGGACUUACUUGGUCUGCAGGCGCUGGUUUUGAUGGAACAUUAUGUGUAUGUCAUUCUGUGUGCUAUAGCCCAGACUGAAUUAGAAUCUGUACCAAGAGAAGUCCUGGAGGAUAUUUUAGCUGGUACAGACCUGUAUAAUCAGGCGGUGGGGGAGCAGAGAGCGCAGCACAGAGCCACCCAGAUGAGGACUGCAGUAUUACAGCAGGCACAUUAUUCCACACUGGUUUCUGGUCUUCCGGACUGCAAAGGCCAUCACCCUGCUUCCUUCUCAGUCAAAGAGCUGAUGAGGAUUUUAGCAGUGCAUCAUGCAGACACGGCAGCCAAGCAGCUGCACUGCUUGGCCUUUGAGCAGAGCUAUUGCAUAUGUCAGGUCCACACCAACUGCGAGGCCAAUGCAUGUUCUGAUAACUCUGUUAGUCAGGCGUCCAGGGUCCGCUGUGGGACCUCCGCUCUGAGAUCUGAGUGGACCUGGGAACAGCUGCUGCAUACCUACCUCAAUGCCUCUCCUGUCUUCUCUAUUAAUCAUCAUGCCCCUCUGCAGUCGUCAUCUCAUCACACCUGCCAUAAAACCCCUCCUGUUUACACCACUGACCUGCAUCUGGGCAGCACUAUCUUGGAAAACCACCAUCCUGUUUUAGCCAAGCCCACCUUUGUCCAAUAUAGAACACAGGGCUCUGACAAAGAUCAAACUAGCCAGAGCCAAGCAUACAUACCCCAGACUUGUCUAACUCAGAGCACUGUCGAGCCAAAUCUAGAAAGACAGACCAGUUCAGAAACCUGUAAACUACUGCAGAUCAUUUCAUCCCCAUCCCCCUCAGCCCUGCCUCUGUCAGGAGUUUGCCAACAGGACUAUUCCUCAGUAGAACUACUUUUUCAGCUGCUAUUUUCCUUCAGUGACCUGCUUGCUCCGCUGGCAUCACAUACACCUACAGCAGAGGCCCAGACCGAACGACUGCUCCCACAUACAAUAACAGAUGUCUUAUCACCAAAUGGAAAGACUGGCCCGAUGAUUUCAACUGCUGCGAUCAUAAAUACAGCUGAUUCAGUGAAAUUGACUAGACUGAAUACAGAACUGAACACGAGCCAAGAUGUGGAAGGAACGCAGCAGGAAUGGGCUGAAGUGGAAAUAACAGCCAGACCAGAAGCCACUGUCAGCUCAGGUUUUCAUAGGGACCCAGAGAAAGAGGAUACUGUGCGAGCAGAGGGGAUGACAGGGGAGGCAGACUGUCUUCGCUGGCCUCACUCUGUGCAGUGGUUGGACCUCGGUCAGUCACUGCUGUUUGCUGACCUGUUUGGACAGUACCGCACCCUGCUGUGGACUCUCUGCUGCAAAGCCCUGUGGCUGCAGCUCCAUGUGCCACAAACAGGAAGCACUGCAGGAAGUAUCAGCCUCCAAGACAACCACAGGAGGCUCCAAAUCCUGCACAGGAUCAGUCAAGUUGCAAAGACAGAUCUGUUUCCAAUGGAGUACAGAACCAUGCUGGAGGACUUCAGUCUGUUACUAUUAACCAUUACAGCACAUGCUCAGUGGGACUAUGUGGUGUGCAGAAGUUUAGGUUCAGCUCUGAAAGACAAGUGUCUCACAAAUGUAAAUCAAGGCAGUAACUGUUUGAUGCCUUCAUCGGAGCAAGAUGGAAGUGUGAUGAUGUCAGUGACCAUGGAGCACUUCCUACUGCUGUCCCCGCCUCUCAUGUCAUCUCUGUGCUGCCAUCACUCAGACAGCAGGUCCUCAGGGUUCUAUAGCCUCUUCCCCUCCAGGCACACUCUCCAAAGGCAGACUGUUAGCUUGGCAUUAGCCACAGUGCAACUGUCUACAGUCUGGGUCAUGUCCAAGGCUUUCCAGUUCCUCUCCUCAUGGAGCCUCAACAAGUUCCUGCUCAUCACACAGGGAGACCUCAAAGUGCUGAGAGGGUCUUUAGAGAUUAUGGUGCAUCGGACUAAGUCCCUAAUGAUGGAUUCAGACAAUGACCAUCAUUCCACUCUUCAUGACCACAACCAGCUUCUGCUGAGACAGCAACUUGAAGCACUUGACAGGGCUGUAUCUAUGCUGCAGACCUUCUCUUGUCUAGUGCUGAAGACCUUUUCCAGGGACUGCAAGAGGAUUUCAGGGGUGAUCUUUGAACAGACCAUGCCUUCUUCUGGACACUGGAGUCCCAGCCUCAGGGCAGGUUUUCCCAGCAGUCCCAGUGAGUAUGCAUCUCUUGCAGCUCAGACUGUGGUUGGUCAGGUUUUAGAGGGUGUGGCACCAUUGUCUGAUGAUGCCCGUGUCCAAGCACUGAGUAUAACAAUGACAGCUUUCAUGGAGGCAUGGAUGGAACACAUCCUGAAACAGAAGAUCAAAUUCAGUGUGCAAGGAGCUCUGCAGCUGAAACAGGACUUUGAUUCUAUCCGAGAGUUGAUCAGGUCAGACAAGUAUGGGCUGUCAGCUGAACUCCACCAACGACUGCUGAGCCUCCGGGUUUUUCAGCAAGUGGAUUCAGCAGUGGUAUGUCUGCUCCAGCAGCCACAGGCCAAACCAUACCUACAGUCCAGAGCCUGGGAGCCCUUCACACGCUGCUGUCCAGCCAACAGCAGCAGAGACAGCAUUGAUGCAGUGGUGGGGAGCAGUAUAACCAACCUGAGGGAGGGUGAGGACCCGGCUCAGUCUGAUUCCGCAGUUGUGAUCACUGACCUCCCUCCGGUGGACCCAUCUACCCCCGAAGAACCCUACCUCGCUCCAAGUCUAGCUUUGGGUGCUGCUCAGCAGGAAUGGUUGGACCUGAGGAUCCACAGCAGCGCUCGUCGCUGGAGGCUGCCAGGACUGCAGUGUCUCUCCAAGUCUGAACCCUGAACACACAGAGAUCUGACACACUCUCACACAGACAUACAUACACUUCACAUUAAUCUCUUUGGCUCUUUCCUUUACACAUGGUAAGAACCAUUCAGGAAAGAUCCAUUCAUCAAAAGGUUUAUUUUUGUAUUUUAUGUGUGAUACCUCUGGAGGUUACUUUGAAUGUUGCAAAACCUAUUUAUUUACUGAUGUCAUAUUUGUGUUAAUUAACAAAUAUUUGUUUUACCACUUGUCAGAAAACAUUUUUAUAUUUCAUAAUAAAAAUGUUUUUUAUUCA